AACCCACCAGAGAGAUGUCCCCGUCCUCUGUAUUCCCGGGAUUCCACACAGGAAGAUCACAACUACACACAUCAUGAUCAGAGUGAAGACCCCAGAGAUUGUAUUAUUGUUGUUAAAGAAGAAUAUAAGACAGAGGAUGAGGAGUAUGGUGUAAUGAAGGAACUUUCUAACGGACCCAAGGAUCUCUACAAAGACAAUAUAGUGGAGCCACCUAGUAAGAGAAACCCACCAGAGAGAUCUCCCCCUCCUCUGUAUUCCCGGGAUUCCACACAGGAAGGUCACACCAUCCCCCACCAUCAUCAGGGUGAAGAUUUGAUUAUCAUAAAAACUGAGUGUGACGUAGAAGAGACGUAUGUGAGGGAUGAUCAGCAAUAUACGGAGGAGGCUGGAAUGACGAGGACAUUCAUAGAGGAGGACACUCCUACAGAGAUCAGCACAGGACACGCCAUGGAGAAACCCUCAAAGGAUCGUCUCACUUUAUCUCCAGGUUGUAAAAUGGAAGAUGAGGACAUCACAGGAGAUUGUGGAGGAGAAAAGACAAUGAGAUCCACUAUGGAUGGAGGACUUCACAGUGUGGAUAGACCAUGGAAUCCCUCCGACUCUGAGCAACCUUGUACUGUGGGGGAUGGGGCCGGAAUUCACGGGAAGAAGAAAUGUUCCUGUCCUGGAUGUGGGAUAAGCUUUAGCUCUGAUCAAUUUUUCUCUGUUCAUGGGAGGUCUCACACGGGUGAGGAACUUUAUUCCUGUUCUGAGUGCGGAAAAUGUUUUCCUCACAAAUCAAAACUUCUCACACAUUACAGAUCUCACACAGGGGAGAAGCCGUAUUCUUGUCCCGAGUGCGGUAAAUCUUUUUCUCGGAAGUCCUGUCUUUCUAGACAUAAGACAUUGCAUACCGGUGAGAAGUUGUAUCCCUGCACUGAAUGCGGAAAAUGUUUUACACAGAGCACCAAUCUCUCGAGACACCAGAGACUGCACAUGGGCGAGAAGCCUUUUGCCUGCCUCGAGUGCGGGAAAUGUUUUUCACGGAAAUUAGAUCUUGUCGUACAUUACAGAUCUCACACAGGAGAGAGGCCGUAUUCCUGCCCCGAGUGCGAGAAAUGUUUUUCAGAUAAGGCCGGCCUUACCAAACAUAAGAGAUGUCACACGGGCGAGAAGCCGUAUUCCUGUUCCGAGUGCGGGAAAUGCUUUUCACGGAAAUCCAUUCUUACUGAACAUCAGAUUUGUCACACACGGGAAAGGCUGUUUACCUGCUCUAUGUGUGGAAAACGUUAUCUACGGAAAUCAGAACUUGUCAAGCAUCAGAGAUCUCACACGGGGGAGAAGCCGUAUUCCUGCCCUGAGUGUGGGAAAUGUUUUUCACAGAAGUCUUAUCUUACCAAACAUCGGAGAACCCACACAGCCCUCGAAGGUGUAUUAGUGUCCUGAGUGUGGGAAAUGUCUUCUAUAUGGAUCAUAUUUUGCCGUACAUCAGAGAUCUCACACUGGGAAGAAGCUCAUCUUGAUAUACACCUCAGAAAACACGUGGCUGAGCGCUCCUCCGAUCUUUAUCAUGGAAGAAACACUUUAUAAGGAAAU